AGGAUAUUGAAAUUAACCCUAAAAAAUAAAUAAAAAUAAAGCCGGGUGAACGCGGAUAUAGAGCGACGGACCCGGCUGUAAAUACGUCAGUAGGCCGCGACGGCGGUCUUCCUUUCUCUCGUUCUGAAGAUGGCGGCAGGGACUCUGUUCACGUACCCAGACAACUGGCGUGCCUUCAAGGCGCAGAUAGCAGCCCAGUACAGCGGUGCCCGGCUGAAGGUAGCUAACAACGCCCCUGCCUUCACCUUCGGACAGACGAACCGUACCCCGGCCUUCCUCAACAACUUCCCUCUGGGCAAGGUCCCGGCCUACCAGGGCGAUGACGGCUUCUGUCUGUUUGAGAGCAACGCCAUUGCCCACUUCCUGAGCAAUGAGGCCCUGCGUGGAGCCACUCAGGCCGCGGCUCAAGUGCUGCAGUGGGUGAGCUUCGCUGACGCAGAGAUCGUCCCUCCGGCCAGCGCGUGGGUCUUCCCCACUCUGGGAAUCAUGCACUUCAACAAGCAGGCCACAGAGCAGGCCAAGGAGGAGACGAAGAAGGUGCUGUCAGUGUUGAACCAACACCUCAACACGCGUACCUUCCUGGUGGGCGAGAGGGUUAGCCUGGCUGACGUCAGUGUGGCAUGCGCCAUGCUCUGGCUGUACAAGCAGGUGCUGGAGCCCGCCUUCCGCCAGCCGUACCCCAACGUGACACGCUGGUUCACCACCUGCGGUCUCUGGAUAAGGGCCCGGUCCCCGUCUGACCACAGGGUCUCUGGAUCAGGGGCCCGGUCCCUGUCUGACCAUAGGGUCUCUAGAUCAGGGGCCCUGUCCCCGUUUGACCAUAAGGCCUCUGGACCAGGGGCCUCUUCUGUUAUAGGGUCUCUGGAUCAGGGCCCUGUCCCCAUCCGACCCUCCUGA